UCGCUCGCUCACGCUCUACUUGAGUCCCGUUAUCCGCGGUGGUCGCCGACGCAAUUUGGGGUUGCAUUUGUUCGGCGGUUGGCGUCGUGGUGCGGCGCCGGUGAGUGUUGGUUAAGGUCGCCGACGGUGAGACGUUGAACGUCAGGAUGGGUCCCGUAUUGUGUUUCGUCUACGUCGCGCUAUUGUCCGCAUACGCGAGCGCGCACGCGAACACGGACACGCGGCGAACGAAGGACGUCUUGGUCGAGCAGCUGAACGAGGAUAACUGGGAUCGCAUGCUAAUAGGAGAGUGGAUGGUCGAGUUUUACGCACCCUGGUGUCCCGCGUGCAAAGCACUCGAACCGAUCUGGGAGGAUCUUGCGUCGUCGAAGAAGGAUCUAAAUAUUAAUGUUGGAAAGAUAGACGUGACGAAUUCUCCAGGUCUUAGCGGCAGGUUCAUGGUCACAGCUUUGCCCACGAUAUAUCAUGUGAACAAUGGGAUAUUCAGGCAGUACAAGAGCCCAAGAGAUAAAUCCUCGUUGAUCGAAUUUGUAUCUAAAAAGACUUGGAUGAAAGUGGAUCCGAUAUCUAGUUGGAAAAAUCCAACUUCGUUCCAUAUGUCAAUUUUAAGUCAAUUUUUUAAACUAUCCCAAAUAUUACGUAAUCUCCACGAUCAACUUUUGGAAGAAGUUGGAUUACCCGUGUGGGGUAGUUACUUGAUUUUUGCUAUUGCAACAGUUGUUUUGGGCACAAUAUUAGGAUUGUUCAUCGUGUGCUUGAUCGACUUCAUUUUUCCACAAAAACCGGCACAGCAACAAGGCAAGAAGAAACAGAGUGGUUCAACGGACGUUACUCAGACGGAGAAAAAUUCAGACGAGGAUGAAAGUGCAGAAAAUAUGGGGGAUGAUAUAGUAGACGAAGAGGAGUCUGAAGCAGAGGAGCCUGAAGUGAAGGAGUCUGAAGCGAAGGAAUCUGAGGCGAAGGAAGUUGAAGCGAGUGAGAAAGAUAAAGAUACUAAAGCUGAUACCAGUAGUUCCAAUGUUCGCAAAGUUCGUAAGCCACGCAAGGCUGACUAGAGAUAUUAAUUUGUUUAAUGUAAAUAUUCAACAAACAUGAAUUGCGAUUAAUCUUUGGUAGUAUACUUCCAAAGUCAUUCCUGUGCAUUGAAACGCGCCAGUGCGACAUGAUAUUGUUAUCUCGCAUCUCAAAAUAUGGAUAAGUAAUGUCGAUCGUUCAAGCGAAUAAUUUAAUAAACUACUCUCUUGUAUAUGUUUAAAAGCUCGGUCUGAAAGAAAAUUUCAGAUUAUCAUUGCCUGUAAACAUUUUCUUAUCUACAAAUACAUUUUAAAAAUUUGAAAAUAAAUACCUCAGGUAUUAUUCAGUAAAAUUUUAGGAUCUUGCAGGCGUUUCUGCUGUCGAAUAUUCUCAGGGCUUAAUCCUCUCGUUGAAGCAAUGAGAAAAUAUAAAACACGUUGGAAGGACCCUUUAAAAAUCACGACAUAUACGUUUAAUAGAUUAGAGCAAAUCGUUUAUUAGACGAUAGCUGCAGUUUUUGGAAAUAACUAAAGAAUUUUUUUUCCAUUAUGAAGCAUUUACUUUUUGCAUGUGUUUUCUAUAAAAUGUUUGUGACUACAAGAGAAGAUCUUAUAUAAACCGAAAUAUUUGUAUAAAUUUCUUUUCUUUUGAGAGAAUAAGUCCAAGAAUACUUAAUAUUAUUUUUCAAAUUAUUCAUAUUUUAUAUAGUGAUAAAAGAAGAGGAAAUAUUAAAGUGAUAAUUGUACGAUAACAUCAUGUUUAAGUAUUUAAAUCUUUAGCAAUCGGAAAAAAAAGCUAUAAUAGCAUUUAUUGCCUUCUUUAAGGUAACACGUUAUAAAACCAUUUAUAAAACCAUUUAUUAACUCUAGUUGGUACAUAAGAAUAUUAUAAACUCCAUUUACAAUUCCUUUCUUUUUCGAUUACGCUUUUGAAAUUUUUAAAUAGUAAAGUACGAAUUAAAUACUACUUAAGAAUGAUCAUUACUUUUAUAAGACUUAUAUACGCACCCAUACUUUACAAGUUCAAAUACAUUAUAAUAUACAGUUACAAUAUUGCACAAUUAUAGUCAUUUAACGUAUAAUCGCGCAUUUAUUUAUAUGAAAAGGGAAAUCGUAAGUCUUCAUAAAAACUGAUACUCUAAAAUAUUAAUAUAAUAAUUGUAUGAAUAGUAAUGUAUGAAUAGUAUUAAUGUAUAUUAAUAGCUGAUGUUUACUGUUAUCAGCAAUUAGGAAUUGUGGUCAUUGCAUAUGUAUUGUUUCUGGUAGCUUUUAUAUAGUCUUUUUUACUGUGACCACAGAAUUAAUAUCUAUAUACAUAUAUGUAUGGAAUAUUUUAUAUGCGGAUUUUUCUAUGAAUCCGAUUGUUCUCCUUCUCUCUUAAUAAACCAAUAGAAAUUUUCAUCAAUGA